GGUUUUGGGAUCCUGAGCCACUCCCGCUAUCCCCAUUCACACAUCACACUGUCUUUACCGGGAGCGCGCAGAGCUGCUGGAGACUGGAGACUGACGCGUCCCGACUCUCUGUACGGGACAAAACAACACCGACAAACACGGGGAAACAUCGAGGAACUUCUGCUUCACCUUUAUAAAGACGGCUGGAUGUUCUGUUUCCCUCCGGGUUGGAUUAACGGGAGUUUCAUUCUGAACACGAGGGGGGAGAAUGUCCAAAAUGGAAGUAAAGACAUCACUUCUUGACAACAUGAUAGGGGUGGGCGACAUGGUCCUGCUUGAGCCCCUGUCAGAGGAAACCUUCAUCGGGAACCUGAAGAAGCGCUUUGAGCACAAUGAGAUCUAUACAUAUAUUGGUAGCGUUGUGAUUUCUAUGAACCCCUACAAGGCUCUGCCAAUCUACACAGCAGACAAGGUAGAAGAGUACCGCAACAGGAACUUCUAUGAACUUAGCCCUCACAUUUAUGCUUUGGCAGAUGAAGCAUAUCGGUCUCUACGGGAUCAAGAAAAGGACCAGUGCAUCCUCAUAACUGGAGAAAGUGGUGCAGGAAAGACUGAGGCCAGUAAACUGGUGAUGUCAUAUGUGGCUGCGGUGUGUGGGAAGGGCCAGGAGGUGAACAAGGUGAAAGAGCAACUGCUGCAAUCCAAUCCUGUACUAGAGGCUUUUGGGAAUGCCAAAACUGUGAGGAAUGACAACUCCUCUCGAUUUGGAAAGUACAUGGACAUCGAGUUUGACUUCAAAGGAGAUCCAUUGGGCGGCGUCAUCAGUAACUAUCUUUUGGAGAAAUCUCGUGUUGUGAAGCAGCCAAGAGGAGAGAGAAACUUCCACAUCUUUUAUCAGCUGCUAUCUGGAGCAUCAGAUGAAACACUGAAAAAGCUAAAGUUGGACAGGGAUUUCAGCAAGUAUAAUUAUCUAAGUCUCGACUCUGCAACAGUCAAUGGACUGGAUGAUGCUGCAAAUUUCAGGACUGUUAGGAAUGCCAUGCAGAUUGUGGGCUUCAUGGAGGAUGAGGUGCAGUCAGUGCUGGAGCUGGUGGCUGCAGUGCUCAAACUGGGCAACAUAGAGUUCAAACCUGAAUCACGUGUCAACGGCUUCGAUGAGAGCCGGGUUAAGGACAAGAACGAUCUAAAGGAGAUGUGUGAGCUGUUGGGCAUUGAUCAGUCAGUGCUGGAACGGGCCUUCAGUUUUCGCACUGUGGAAGCUAAGAUGGAGAAAGUUUCAACUACUCUCAAUGUUGCACAGGCCUAUUAUGCACGUGAUGCACUUGCCAAAAACCUAUAUAGCCGCAUGUUCAGUUGGUUGGUGAAUCGAAUAAAUGAAAGCAUCAAGGCUCAGACCAAAGCCCGGAAGAAGGUUAUGGGGGUCUUGGAUAUUUACGGUUUUGAGAUCUUUGAGGAUGGAGACAACAGCUUUGAGCAGUUCAUCAUCAACUACUGCAAUGAGAAGCUUCAGCAGAUCUUCAUCGAGCUCACUUUGCGUGAGGAGCAGGAGGAGUAUGUGCGUGAGGGCAUUGAAUGGACCAAUAUAGAGUAUUUCAACAAUGCCAUCAUCUGCGACCUCAUUGAAAAUAACCAGAAUGGGAUCUUGGCCAUGCUUGAUGAGGAGUGUCUGCGGCCCGGGACUGUGACAGACGAGACCUUCUUGGACAAGCUGAACACUGUUUGUGCUGAACAUCAGCACUUUGAGAGCCGCCUGAGCAAAAAUUCUAAGUUCCUCACGGACCACAGUUUGCCUCAUAACUGCUUUCGUAUCCAGCACUAUGCUGGCAAGGUGCUGUAUCGGGUAGAGGGCUUUGUAGACAAAAACAAUGACCUACUGUACAGAGACCUGUCCCAGGCUAUGUACAAGGCAAACCACAGCUUGAUGAAAUUACUUUUCCCAGAGGGCAACCCUGCUAAAGUCAACCUGAAGAGACCUCCUACAGCUGGAUUCCAGUUCAAAGCCUCAGUGAGCACACUCAUGAGGAACUUACAGACCAAGAACCCUAACUACAUUAGAUGCAUCAAACCCAAUGACAAAAAGUUAGCCCAAAUCUUCACAGAUUCACUGGUGUGCCACCAAGUGAACUACCUGGGCCUGAUGGAGAAUGUUCGUGUUAGACGGGCAGGAUACGCCUUUCGCCAGGCUUACGAACCCUGCCUGGAGCGCUACAAGAUGCUCUGCAAGCAGACCUGGCCUCACUGGAAAGGCCCUGCCAGGGAUGGUGUGGAGGUUCUCCUGAAGAACCUGGAGGUACCUGAAGAGGAGUUCGCCUACGGACGCUCCAAGAUCUUUAUCCGGAAUCCCAGAACUCUCUUUUUCCUGGAGGAGAAGAGAAGGCAGUGUCUAGAGAACUUGGCUACACUCGUCCAGAAGAUCUAUCGUGGCUGGAAGUGUCGCAAACAUUUCCUGCUGCUGAAGAAGAGUCAGGUGGUUGUGGCCGCUUGGUACCGCAGAUAUGCCCAACAACAGAAAUACCAGAAGAUCAAGAGCUCCUCCAUAGUGGUUCAGUCUUUCAUCAGAGGAUGGAAGGCUCGCAAGAUGCUGCGUGAACUGAAAUACCAGAAGAGAUGCAAAGAAGCAGUGACCACUAUUGCAGCCUACUGGCAUGGAACACAGGCACGCAGAGAGCUAAAACGGCUGAAGGAGGAGGCCAGGCGUAAGCAUGCUGUUGCGGUCAUUUGGGCGUACUGGUUGGGACUCAAGGUCCGAAGAGAAUACAGGAAGUUCUUCAGAGCAAAUGCUGGCAAGAAAAUCUAUGACUUCAUUAUCCAGAGACUUAUGCAGAAGUAUUUCAUUACUUUGAAGAACACAUUGCCUUCAAUGUCUCCAAUCGAUAAGAGCUGGCCAUCAAGAUCUUACCUGUUUCUGGAGGGCACACACGAGGAACUUCGAAAGAUCUUUCAUCUAUGGAGGUGCAAGAAAUACAGAAGCCAGUUCACAGAAGAGAAGAAAGCCAUCUAUGAAGAGAAACUGGAAGCAAGUAAGAUCUUCAAAGACAAGAAGACUCUGUACCCCACCAGUGUAGGGCAGCCAUUCAAAGGAGAUUAUCUGGAGAUUAAGAAAAACCCCAAGUACCAGAAACUAAACAGUGUGGUAGAUGAGAAGGUACUUCUUGCAGAUGUAGUCAAUAAAAUCAACAGGGCCAAUGGCAAGGGCGCUUCCAGGAUCUUCCUCCUCACCAAGAAAAACUUUAUUCUGGCUGAUCAGAAGACGGGCCAGUUGAAAGCCAGCAUACCGCUUCCUGAUCUCGCCAGUGUCUCUGUCAGCACACAGAAUGAUGGCUUCUUUGCUCUAAAACUCAAAGAGGGCACUACGUCAGCAGCCAAAGGUGACUUCUUGCUGAGCAGUGAUCGCUUAAUAGAGAUCAUCACCAAGAUCUACUGCACAGGGGCUGCUUCAACCAACAUGGAUCCAAUCAGCGUUGACAUCUCAGAUGAAUUCCUUGUGCAAUUCAAGCAGGACAAAGUGUGUGUCAAAUUCAUCCAAGGUGGACCCAAGAGCAGCAAUCAAGUCAGCUGCAAGCGUAAAAACAACCGGCUCCUGGAGGUGUCUGUUCCAUCUCCUUAAUGAACAGUCAUCUUCACCUCCUCUCAUAGUGCCAUUUCUGUGACUCUUCACCAUCAAAUCCAAACUUAAACAACUUUCCUAAAUGGCUGUGCAUUAACUAAUGAUGCUCUUGUCAUUGCCAUAUCUUAUAUUUUUAAAAACUUAAGUUCAUUGUUGAGGCUCAAAUAUUCCAUCAGCAGUAUUUGAGUACAUAAGGCAGACCUCAUAUUUACAUUAGGAUAGAGAUGGGAGGUGAUUAUUUCCUCACCAUGAUCUAGUAGAGUGCAUUAAAUAUCCUGUUUAAUGAAGGCAUUAAUAAUAACAGUAGUAAUUACGAUGAUAAAGAUGUUUGACGUCAUGCAGAGUCAGGCCAUCAUAUACAUGUGAAUCAGCAGAAACUAAUGUUGCACUUAUUUGUUUACACAAGGGUCAGAGAAGUCAUUUUGAUUGGUGUUUUUUUGUUUUGUUUUGUUUUUUUUACCCCUACACAUCUUAAUUCUUACGGUGCACAAUCAUUUUGCUGAAUUGCCAGUGUUAUAAUUUUGCAAAAAUUAUUUAAAAAGCCAAAUAACUUCUCUACAGCCUGAAAGUAAACUCAGAAAACCGAAAGGACUUUUGAAUCUCAUGUUUGAUCCAAAUGUACCUUUUCAAAAUGGAAAAUAAUAUUUUGUAUACUAUUUUUGUUUCUUGUGCAAAAUGCAGUUCAGCUGCCAUGUACACAACUGACAGUACACAACAAUGCCAUGUUUAUCUCAGAGGAUUCUGCUUUUUCACCCUGCUGUGCUUAGGAGAAAUGUGAGAUACUGACAGCUACAGAGCUCAGGAAGACCUUGCAGAAAAAUCUUAGUACCACCAUUAUGCCCAUAAUGUGCUUGAUUUGACAUUCUCAGUUCUUUGGAUUGAGUGGUGUCUGCUUCAGUGAAGAACUUGAUAAGUGAGCUGAACUGAUUUCAAAGGGAAUUCAAUUAGUUAGUAUGAUGUCUUGCUUUAUCACUCAUAACUGCUUGUACACUAGCCAAUUCAUAAAACCUACAGGGAUGUUUUUUUAGGAAACCCUAUUUUGUGUAUGUUGAGGGCUAAGAAUAGUAGCUGAUAUUUAUUUACUUAUUUCUUAUAUUUUUCACAUUCUCACCAUUGGAAUAUAGGUGGAUUACCUUUGUUUUAGCUGGCAAAUGAUAUACACAGUCAUAUACCUGGGACUAAUACUUAUGUUUUUGAGUGAAUUGACUUAUUUCAAAUGUUGGAAUGCUAACAGACCGACAUGCACCUACAGCACAGAAAAAAACACACACACACCACAGGAUAAUUAAAUGUUCAUUUGAAGAUUUUGCCACUGAUCAGGAAUGCGAGUGCUUUGCUUUUUAAUAUACUUAAUAUAAAAAUUUCUCUUUAUUCUUCUGUGGAUAUUUUGUGUUGUUAAAUUUAUGAAGAUCUUAGCAGACGUUUUUGAAGACACAGCCCCUGGGAGAGGAUUUAACAUUUGCUCCUGCAGGUGUUUAUUCAUUUUCAAGCUUUUAUGAUUAUGUAAUUUUACAGUAAACGGUAGUUAAGAGGAAUAGAUUAUUGUCCCCUCUUCAUGAUGGUGCAUGGGGAAAUUGUGCAAAUUUUCUUGUAUGUUCUUUGAUUGUGUACAGUUUCAGUCUUUAAUGCAGUAUGCCAUUGUUAAUCUCUUUUGUGUCAGGAAGUUGCAAAGAAAAUAACUUCAUGUCUAUUUUCCAUGCCUAAAUGUAACCUGUUGUAUCAAGAGAUCUUAAAUUUUCUUAAAUUAAUGCAACAAAUAAAUGCUGGGCAAAUCAA